AUGGAUAUAAUUAUAAUGCAAAAGCUAUUCACCCUCUCUCUUUAUCUCUCUCUCUCAGUUGGUCCUCGUUCCAAGCAUGUGUCAAGUCAUGCCUCGGACAAGCUUGAGCUAAAAGCUGUUAAUGAUGGAUCAGCUAGCUAUGCAGCAUUGGAGAAAAAGGCUGAGUUAUAUGACAAACUAGUAAAAGGUGAACUUUCAGAUGAAGAGGAUAAAGAAAAGUAUUGUGUUGAUUUUUUCCGUAAAAGCCUUGUACAGGAUGAUUCAUCACAGCCUCAAAUCAUGGCACUUCCAUUGAUAACGUUGCUCAUUCCAUCUCUCAGGGAAGUUCACGAAGAAGCAAGUCAGGCAAGGGAUAAAGUCUCAGAGCUGAAGUUGCGCAGGCAAGAGCAGGCUGUGGCUCGUCGGGAGAACUGA